AUGAGAGUUAGCGUAAAAGUUAGAACAACAGGGAAAAUAAUCCCUCUGGCAGAUCUCACGGGUACCGACACGAUUUGUCGACUUUAUCAAAAAGUGGAAGAGAUUUAUACAAAAAGGUGAUUUCUUUCGACUUUUUUUGAUUUAUUUCGAAAAUGUUGUAGUGAUUUUACUCUGCACAUCGGAAGCGAGCGUUUGGAAGACAAAUCUAAAACGUUGGAGGAGGCAGGAAUCGUCGACGGAGAUAGGCUUUUCUUGGACAGGUUUUCGACCUUAUUAGCUAUUACGAGUUUUCUAAAAUUACUCAUAGUUUCCGAUUUUCAGUUCUAAUUAGAACUUUCAGCGGUGGUCCUCCUGUUGCAGAGAAGAGAAAUCGUCCGCCGAUAGUGUCAGAAGGAUAUCCGCCGCCGACAACAGAUCCCUCCAGUUCUGGGAGUUCCACAGACAACAUGGAAGACUUCAGGAACGCUAUUUGCCGUGCAGUUACCGAUAUUAUGAACGACUUCGGCUAUUCAGUAUGCUGCUUCCUAUUUUUUCACAGAGACAGCUAUUCAAACAUUUGUUUUCCUGAAACCUGAGUUUUACAUUUUGAAGUUCUCCUCGAUGCAAUCUUGGAACGGAGACGGGUCGAGCGGUUUUGAGCAGACUUUUUUGUCGCCACAACGUCACGGAGUGAGGAUGACUGUUGGAGUCAUUCUCCAGGUCCUCUUCUUUCUAAUUGGAUUCAACAAAAUCGGUUUACUUUCAGAUCUUAAGACGUCCGGGCGGAGGGCUCGAAUCGGUGGGAAAUACUUUUAUUUUCAGAGGUUUUUCCUAUAUUAGUUUUGUCCUAAUCAGUUUUUCCAGACUCUACCAGAAAUUUUGUAAAUAUGUUCAAUAUUAUGCCAAUCAAUGUUGCUGACGACGUUCGCAGGGGAAUCGGUGGACUACUGAAAAAUCAAAUUUGCAAGUUCUCAACAUUUUACAAAUGUUUUAGGCUCAGGGAUUGGGCUUUUUUUACUUUAUCUUUAAAUUGAGCAGAAUGAGCCAAAACAUUUGCAGCAUGUAAUUUUUUUUCAAAAGUUUUUCAAAAAUAGAAGAGAAUUAUUCUGAAAUAAUGAAAUUUUGCGAUUUUGAGUUAUUAUGAUGAAUGUGAAAUUUUUCUUUGAAAUUGAAAUUUAGAAAAAAUUAUCAACAAAAAACAUAUAUUUUUCCAGCGUCAGCUUCUCUGAGCAACAUCUUCUUGUUUGACGACAUGCGCGAUCAGAUUUUGGAGAACUUGAAGCCAGGUGACGUCGCUCGUCUCAUGCACACUAACCGCGCCAUAAGGACUUCUUUGAUUUCGAAAAAAGUCGACAACAAGUUCUGGAAAGCGGCCAUCACUAAGUUUGACACAGUCUGAGCAUCCUCAGAAAAGUUUCAUUUUGAGGGAAUUCCCGAGGGAACUCACAUCCACAAGUGAAGGUGCCAGUAGAUCGUUCAGACUGAUGUAUGGUGGCGCGGUGUUGAAUCGUGCCAGACAGUCGCAGUUACGGCCGGAAAUCCCGUGGGUCCCUCUGUCGAUGCACCGGUUCCAUGCGCCUCUCGAGCCACGUCGGCCUUUUAGUCCAGGCUUCGAUCCAGUUGGCAAUCCUUAUCCGGAUGUGAAUCCCUAUGUUCCGAUGCCUGAUCCUCUCAACCCGAUUGGAGAUCCUCGGAACCCUCUGGCCGACGAACGUCAGCCGUUUCUUCCAGGCUUUAGUCGCCCUCGUGCUCCAGGACCUGGCAAGUAUUUUGAAGGAUUUAAGUAAUUAUUAUUGCGGGAAAUUUCGAAAAAUCUACUCCCAAUAUCUCUCUCAUAAGAGUUUGUGGUGAGCAGAAUAUUUUAAAAGAGAUAACACUUUUGGUACUGGACGGAAAGUUUUUAGUUUCAAGCAGCCCUUUUGAUCUCACUUGAUUUGUCGGAUCAAGGAAACAAUUUUUCAUCAUUACUUUUGCUCUAUUCAGACCUCAAUCCGUUCGGCGACCCCUUGAACCGAGAGAUUUUCGGUCCUCCUCGUGGCGGUCAAAGAAAUCCUGGAGGGCCGUUCCAGCGCGGCGGACAUUUCCUCUGA